UUUGGAAUCUGUGGGAAUUUAUUCCUCAGGAAGAUGAAGAGAAUUAUACCAAUCAACUUCUGGCAGGAGACAAAACGUCUUACACUUGUGGCUGUGCCAGUGGAUCUGAAGCAGGAUAAGGAGCAGGAAAACUAUUCAACCAAUCAGAGGGAAGAAUCCUUACAGACAGAAUAGCACAUUGAAGCAAACGGGAAAUAAAAUCAUUUCACAGGAGUAAAAUAAAGUUUUUGAGUCAGCUGAUGAACUUUCUCACAAGUAUUGUCAGCGCCAUAUUCUGCGGGCACUUGGGAAGAAUAGAACUGGAUGCAUUUUCACUUGCUACAGCAGUGGUCAAUAUAUCGGGUGUCUCUGUAGGUGUUGGUUUGUCAUUAGCUUGUGACACAUUCAUAUCCCAGACGUACGGCAGUAAGAACCUGAAGCGAAUCGGAGUGAUUCUCCAACGAGGGAUCCUCAUUCUCCUGAUCGUCUGCUUUCCCUGCUGGGCUCUCUUUGUUAACACAGAAAAUAUCCUGUUGGCCUUCAAGCAGCCUCCUGAGGUGGUCAAGUUAACAAAUUUGUAUGUGCUGAUAUUCAUUCCUGCCCUCCCUGCAGUGUUCCUUUAUCAUUUAGAGAUCAGAUACCUUCAAAAUCAGGGGAUUACUCUGCCACAGGUUUUCAUUGGUGUAUUAGUCACCGUUCUCAAUGCCAUAACAAAUUAUCUGUUGCUGAAUAUAUUUUCUCUGGGAGUACAGGGCUCUGCAGCUGCCAUCACUGUCUCUCAGUAUUGCCAAGCAACUUUUCUGUUCAUUUACAUUCGGUGGAGAAAGUUACAUGUUAACACUUGGGCAGCAUGGUCCACUGAUUGCCUGCAGGAGUGGGGCCUGUUUGUAAAGCUGGCAAUUCCAAGCAUGCUCAUGUUAUGCUUUGAAUGGUGGAGUUAUGAAGUUGGGUCUUUCCUAGCAGAUGAACAAGUACGGCAGUCUCUCGCAUCUUGUUUCUCAUUCACAGGAACAAUUAAUGAAGUUGAACUUGGAGCACAAGCUGUUGUUUAUCAGAUAUUGCAGGUGACGUACAUGUUACCUCUGGGAUACGGGGUGGCUUCAGCUGUUCAUGUGGGAAAUGCACUGGGUGCAGGGAACCCAGAGAGAGCCAAAAAUGUUGUGAAAACUGCCCUGUGGUGCAGUGGAUUUCUGGCUUUGGUGAUUUCUGUGGUACUGAAGGCUGUAAGUGAUGUGAUUGGUUAUAUCUUCACCAAUGACAAGGAAAUAAUUCAAUUAGUUGGGAAAUUGUUACCAUUAAUCGCUACUAACCAAUUCUUUGAUGCCUUGGUUUGUGUGAAUAGUGGAGUAUUGAGAGGAACUGGGAAGCAAAGACUGGGAGCUAUCGGUAACCUAGUGGGAUUUUAUCUCAUUGGUUUUCCCAUUGGAAUCUCACUGACGUUUGCUGCAAAGUUUGGGAUCAUUGGUUACUGGUAUGGAAUGACCAUUUGUGUCAUUUUCCAGUAUGCGUUCUUUCAGAUAGUGAUCUACAAAAUCAACUGGAAUGAAGCAUCCAAUCAGGCUCAAGCUAUUUCAGGUGUGAAGACACAUGUGGACCCGUAUCCUCGUCCCUCUGUUGAGCAAAAUGAGUGUAUUUCAUCAGAUGUGAACAAUGAAGUGCAUUCAGGAAGCAUCGCUGUCAUUACAGUGGGAGAUGCCACUCCUGUGGAGAAUAAUGUGAAUGCUGGACAAGUGAGAGAAGAGAGCUUGGCCCCGAAAAUGAAUGUUGAAGAAAAAUUGUCCUUGAAACAAUUGAUUGUUCGUCGGGGAAUAGCCGUCCUUUCAGGAUUACUUAUACUGGUGAUUGGACUACUGCUGAGGAACAUGUAGACUCCAGUGAAUUUUGCAGAGACGAGUGGGAAUACAGAUCACCUUCUGUUGUCAGUAGAGCAGCUAUAAGAGGGGCUCUGUGUUUUAUCUCAUUUCUCACUUCUUAGCAACAAUGAAUGUUAAAGGAAUGUCAAUUAUAUUACAGAUUGGAAGGAAGGCCAUUCAAACAGAGUCUUGUAAUUGUUUAAAGCGUUUGUGUCCAUUUUAGUGACCUGGUCCUCACUGGUGUAGGCACCUGCCCACUCGAAACAGGACCAGGGACAACUUGGUGGCUUUUGCUAUCAGGUUUCCAUCAGCUUCAAGACCUCCCAGUUGACACUCGUGUACAUCAUUAACUGAAGCUGGAAAGGAUUUUUAUGAACUCGGAAAUAAGAAAAGCAAUUACUGGUGUGGUGACGUUAGUCUUCUUUGUGGGACUGGGCAGAGCAAUCUGAGUCACAAUUAUUUUUAGACCUACCAGUGUGCAACAAAAAAAAAUGCAUCUAUAUUAAAACUUUAA